AUUCGUUGGUAUUGUUAUUUAGUUAACCAAUAUUUAGUAGGAUCGCUCUACAGUGAUUGAUAACAUCGACAAUAAUAGCACAUUAAUGACGGUCUACCUAAUAACUAAACCAUGUCUUGGUAAAACCGCAAAUUGUUAUAAAUUCUUUCGUAUUUCUUAUCACUAUUCGGAAUCAUAAAAAACAAUUUUAUUUGUGCAUUUUCUUACCAAUGAUGAGGUUUUUCUGGUUAUAGUCAGAAUAGAGUGAUAAAAGCAUGCGGAUACGUCAAAGAUAGAGAAUGUUAACGAAAGUAGAGGCGUGCUUUCAAGGUCGUUCGUGGAAUUAUUAUUCUAGAAAAAUCUUGAAAGAAUUAUGAGCGAAAUUAACAAAAAGAAAAAUAAAGUUAAAAAAAAAAAAAUAUUGAGCAACAUUUUUCUUGAAAUAUUUUUUGAUAAAAUUUUACUUUCUGUAGAAUUUUUACUUUCGAUGAAAGAAUUUCGAGGAUUAUCAAUUACGUAUGUAUGUUGGAUAAGUGAUAAAUUGGAGAAUGCUCGAGGAUUUGUAUGGUGUGGAUGAAUGACGGCGGUAAUAAAUUUUAAAAUGAGAAAACGAUCAGGAUGAGAGCAGAAAGGAGACGAAGUUAAUAUAAUGGUUGUCAGCAACGACCAUUGGAAAGGGAGCAUAUAGUUGAAAGUAACGUAAGUAAGAUGAGGAUAGAAAAGCAUAGACCGAAGUCGGAAUGAGAUCGGCCAAGUUCGGUGGCAAUCCCGAACAAGUGCGAGCGUGAAUUCUGUUCACAAUCCCAGCAGUCGAGCUGCUAUGUUAUAGCUUUUCCUUUCCCCUCCCCUCAUAAGUCGCCAUCUCUUCCCCUUCUUUCCUGUAUGUCUCGAGUCAACGUUCAGGCAGCAGUUGGCCACAUUCACCAUGGGUGUUUUCACCUCGCACUUUUUCCUACAUCGUUUGAGUAAAGUGAAAUACCGACGAUAAGAAAAAGGAAGGUGGAUCCUUACGAAUAAGUGGGGAUCAAGGCAGUGUUAAGUCUAGUAUUAACUAGUAGCUCAUCGCAAAAUGAACUAAAAGUUUAUUAACAAUUGUUUGUGAUUUAUGAUGGAAUACUGUACGGUAAUCUAAGUACAGUAUAGUUUGGUGUUUAGACUUUUCCUGUGCCUAAAUCGUUGCAACAAAGCGUGGACUUGGAUACAUCAUCUUUUCCCCCUAGUUGACGGUUUAGGAUUUUUUUGUUCUUACGGCGCAUGUGAAAACGUUCGAAUGGAUUUUACUUGGUUCCAAGGACUUAUGAACGAUUUUUUAUAAUUGUCAAUACUAUUAGUGCUCACAAUGGCUGUUUUCAAUAACAAAUUGGUGUCCAAUCACUAUUGUGAUUCAUUCAUAUACUCCUGAUGUUCAUCCGUCAUUAUUUUACAUACAUCUGUCGAUCAAGACGACUAUCCAUGGACGAGGGAUUCAUGGCAAUACCUGAGGCGCGUCGGAUGCGUGAAGAAAAAAAUAUUAGAGGAUCACCCACGUACAUUUGUGAGAGUAACGCCCUGUCGUGAAUAUACAUUGCGAGAACUCGUCAUCAAUUGAUUUUUAAACCGAUUGUAAAAAAUAAAAAAACUCAUUUUUUAGGCAUUUACGCCACUAACAAUUUGCUAUAGCCUUUACAUUACGUCAUAAUCAAUUUUAGCAUGUAAAUAACAUGUGGAAAAUUUGAGUGAUUUAAAAGUUAAAAUCAGCUGAUUUUAGAAAAGUAUUUAAUUCAGCUGUAAAAAAUAAGUCAAGAGACUUUUUGGUUUGUGAAACUAAUUGUUUUAAAAACCAACACAAAAUGGGAAAUUGUUUUAGCAGUCCUACUGAUGCUGAAACGGAAAAAUCCGAUAGGAUAGGAAAUCCUAGUAUUGAGGCAGUAGCUUCUCAAGCCAGUCCAGUACCAACGCUUCCACCUGAUCCUAUCAGGCCUGUACCACAAAUUCCGGAUACUGAUGUUCCUUCAGCUAAAAUAUUCGUAGCCUUGUAUGAUUAUGAUGCCAGGACUGAUGAGGAUCUUAGUUUCCGUAAAGGAGAGCAUCUGGAAAUUCUCAAUGAUACUCAGGGUGAUUGGUGGUUGGCCAGAAGUAAGAGAACAAGACAAGAGGGUUAUAUACCUAGCAAUUAUGUUGCUAAACUCAAGUCUAUUGAGGCUGAACCGUGGUACUUCAGAAAGAUCAAACGUAUUGAGGCCGAGAAGAAGCUAUUACUGCCAGAAAAUGAUCAUGGAGCUUUUUUGAUUCGUGACUCUGAGAGCAGACAUAAUGAUUAUUCACUUUCUGUUCGUGAUGGCGACACAGUUAAACAUUAUCGAAUUCGUCAAUUGGAUGAAGGAGGAUUUUUCAUCGCUCGACGAACUACAUUUAGAAACCUUCAGGACCUAGUGGAGCAUUAUAGUAAAGAAGCUGAUGGUCUUUGUGUUAAUCUCUGCAAACCAUGCGUGCAGGUGGAGAAACCCGUAACCGAGGGCUUAAGUCAUCGAACACGCGAUCAAUGGGAGAUCGAUCGUUCUUCAUUGAAAUUCGUGAGGAAACUUGGCCAGGGACAAUUUGGCGAAGUGUGGGAGGGCCUAUGGAACAAUACUACCCCCGUGGCUAUUAAGACUCUCAAACCAGGCACUAUGGAUCCAAAGGACUUCUUGGCAGAAGCUCAGAUCAUGAAGAAACUUCGUCAUGAUAAACUUAUCCAAUUGUAUGCUGUUUGUACUAUGGAAGAACCCAUUUAUAUCAUCACAGAACUCAUGAGAAAUGGAAGUCUUCUUGAGUUUCUGCAAGGUAAUAGCAGAAAGGGUCGAGGAUUGAAGCUCCAGCAAUUGAUUGAUAUGUCUGCACAAAUAGCUGCUGGUAUGGCAUAUUUAGAGUCGCAGAAUUAUAUUCAUCGGGAUUUGGCUGCAAGAAAUGUUUUGGUAGCGGAUGGAAACGUUGUCAAGAUUGCUGAUUUCGGCUUAGCGAGGUUAAUUAAAGAAGAUGAGUAUGAAGCACGAGUUGGUGCAAGAUUCCCAAUUAAAUGGACAGCUCCUGAAGCUGCUAAUUACAGUAAAUUCAGUAUUAAAUCAGACGUAUGGUCGUUUGGUAUACUCUUGACUGAACUUGUUACUUAUGGACGUAUCCCAUACCCCGGUAUGACAAACGCUGAAGUAUUACAUCAAGUAGAACAUGGUUAUCGAAUGCCCUGUCCACCUGGAUGUCCUCCAGCACUUUAUGAUAUCAUGUUAGAAUGUUGGAAUAAAGAUCCAAUGAAGAGGCCGACUUUUGAAACUCUGCAGUGGAAACUUGAAGAUUUCUUUACUAUGGAGGGUUCUGAAUAUAAAGAAGCAUCUGCAUAUUGAGGUUCACUUUUAUAAAAUAUUUAAUCUUCACCAUGUCAUGAAUUAUAUAAAAACUUGUUUAAACUUGUCAAAAGAUACAACAUAAAUACAAUAUUUGUCCAGAUUACUGGUGACUACCAAAAUCAUGGAUCGAUAUGGUAAUCUUUAUUUUUCUAACGUCGCAGUUAUUAUCUUGUAUUUGUUUAAAUGAUAUUCUGGCUGCCAUAUAAUGAGCGAAAAAGCUGAAUGAAUGAAUGCGUGAUAUAGAGAGACUGAGGGAAAGAAUUUUAAUACACAAUUAAAAAUAUAUUUCAAAUAAUUUACACUAUUAUUAACGGAUAAUUUUAAAAGAGUGAUGUAAAAAAUAUGCAAUUGAAUUUGAGAAUCAUGAAAUAACAAUUAUAUUGAAAACAAUAUCAUUCAGUCUUCUUAAUUUACGAUAAAGUCCAUCAGACUGACCGGAAAUCAAUCACUGGAGUUUUUUCAAUGCAAUCAUUCCUUUUAAUGGAUUUUAUAUAAAUGAUAGUAACAUUUCAUGAAAUUUUGUGUUAUUAACAUUUUCUAAAUAGAAAUUGUAUAUAUUACUAUUCUAAAUGUAUAUCCUAAUCAAAGCAAUUUAACUCUUUAAUUACUGUUGCAAUUUUACAAAAUGAUUUUAAAUCGGUCCGUCCAAGUGAAAAAACGACGACGAUUAUAUAAAUAUAAAUAAUUUAUAAACUUUACUUUGGUAAAUAUAUUUUAAGUUUUUAUUAAGUUUUAUGUUAACACUCCGGUCAGUGUAUUAACACAAAACAUUGACUUCAUGAGAUGAAGCUGCUCAUUAAUUAAAUUAACGCUGUUGAAAAAUUAUUUCAUGAGAAAUGUCAUAAAACAGCUUAUAUAACUUUCCAAGAAUGCACUGUUAAAUAUUCUUAUAAAUGAGAGUAAGUCAAAAAUUGUUAGAAUGUGAUCAAUAGUUUAUUUGUCAUUUUUUACAUUAUCUGUAUAAAGUAGACGAACAGCAUUUGAAUUUUUUAGUUUAAUGAAAACACUUUUUACGACCAAUUGCAUCUCGACGAAUCAUUGAUAGAAUUUCAUAAAAGCGAAAACAAUGACAAUUAUAAAUAUUGUAUACAUAAUGACAAUUGUAUGUAUGCGUGUAGGCGCAUAGCAGAUAAAUAUAUUUAAUAGUAUUAAUGUAGAUUGAAAAAAAAAUUAGAAAUUAUAAUGUUUUAUAUUAGAUAUAAGGAAAUAUUAUCUAAACAGACAACGCCAAUGUGUAUUUAAAUCAUGAAGAAAUGUAAUAAUUUGUAAGGAUAAUAAUUUGGAUUCAAAAUUAAUAAGUUUAUUGAAAAAUGAUUAUAUUUUAACCAAAUUCCUAUUGAAAGUUGUAAUUAAGGAAACAGGAAUUACUAUUGCAACAUAAAUAUAGUUUAACCGUUUUUCAACGAAAUGUAGUCAUUUUUCUCGUAAACUUUUUAAUAAUACUUGAGAGGUUUUCUUUACUCACCUCUCAUAUAUAUGUUGCCAAGUAAAGAAUUUUAAAGUCAAGAAACGAAUAACAAGUCGAGAACGGGAAUAACAAGUAUUUAAGCUUUGACCAGUUCACACAAUUAUUUUCCAAAUAAAAUAAUAAAUAAUUAUAGGUGAUUUAUACAUUACUUUCAUAUACAUGAAUAUUUUUUAUAUUGCGUUACUUAAAUAAUGCUUUAGAUUUUUACCAAGUUUUACCAAAAAAAAUAAUCAAAUACUUGACUGCAUUGUUAUAUUCUAUUGUUACAACUUCGCUAUCAUCUUUUCAACUUCUUGACAUGUAUAUUCGUCGAUUAUGUUUAUAUAAGUGCUUUUAGACAUUCGAAAUAUUUCAAUAGUCAUAUUUUUUCAUCCGUUCUCGAUAGCACAAUAUAUAAAUAAAUAAAAAUAUGUGUACUGUGCAGAUAAGACGUAAAUAUCGUCCAACGAACAUCGAUAUUUUUUUAAAUUAGCAACUAUA